AUGGGCAAGAUCUCCGACCUCGUUUACCCGGAGCUCCAAACCACUCAGAGGCUUUCAUUCGUCGGCGACAAUUUCCUCACCUGGAAACUCAAAAUUGCCUUCGUCCUCGCCGACCACGGGUUUCCCCACCUUAUCAAUCCCUCCCCGGAGGACCCCACUUGGAACGACCAAAACCCUGAAGCCCUGUGGCUUAUACUCCGAUCCCUGGACAACUUCCUUCAGAGCGAAUUCGAAAAACACACCCCGGCUUCUAUCAUGGGUACCCUCUUAACCCGAUUCGAUUCGUUGUCGAAAAGGUUUCCCGGAAUUAGUCUCCGGCCCUACAUGUAUCACCGUAUGGAAUCCGGCACACACAUUAAUCAGCAUAUAUUCCCGAUGCGGGCUAUGGCUAAAGAGCUUGAGCACGGUCGAGGGGUUAAGAUUCCUGACGAGGUGCAGGCUAUGUUUUUGUUGAAAAGUUUGCCGGAGGAUUGGGCAGAGGACGUGGCCGGAUUGUUGAGGGAUUUGGAUGGACGUGAAGAAGAUUUGAGUUUCGUCAGUUUCAGCCGGAAGUUACGGGUCCUUCAAGAUGUUAAGGAGCUGACUAAUUUCGUCCAUGGGGAGAAAUUGAGGAAGAGGGUCUGCAAGAAUUGUGGGAAACCAGGUCAUUACCAGUCUGAUUGCCCUGAUCAAGAAUUGACUACAUGGGAUCAAAGUUUUUCUCUGUAUGGAAGAGGGAUCUUUCAAAAGUCUUCGAAUCCAAUAAAAUUGACUAUGUGCUCAAAGAGCCUGAAACCUUCUGAUCCUGCGGACUCUGCUUCUGAGGAAGAUGCUCGUCGAUUUAAGAAGUGGCAUGCUGAUGAUUUCACUUGCCGCCACCUCAUCCUUGGGACAUUGGAUGACGAUAUCUUUCUCAGCUUUUGCGAUUAUCCCACUGCCAAAUCUCUAAUGGAUGCUAUUGAUACAUUCUUUAGUACCUCUUCGGCUGCUCAAAAGUUGGUUCGGCUAAAGAGGUAUACUAACCAUCGCAUGGCAGAGGGAACUCCUAUUUUCAAUCAUCUUCACGAAAUGGACCGGAUGGUUUUAAAUCUGAAAGAUUCAGGUAUGUGUAUCCCCAGCGAGAUGCAAUCGGCAUUUCUGAUAGAUAGUUUGCCGGGAUCAUGGAAUCAAACUGUGUCAUCACUGGAGUUUAACAUGAGUAUGGAUAAGGAGAAUAGUGGUUGGAACAUCGAUAAUGUGUGGAAGAGGGUGAGAGAUGCUGGCCGGUUGAAGGAAAUGUUUGAAAAGACUGAGGCUGAUGAUUCAAGGCCUCAUGACAAUGCAAAUGGUGGCUGGAAAAAUAAGAGGGUUCUACGAGAAUGUAACUGCCGCCAAAAAAAACCUCUAUACUGUACACCACUGAUCUACGACGUUUUCCGUUCGGAAAUUUUGAAACAAUGGACAAAGUCUCGAGUCUCGACCGUCGUUUACCCGGAGCUCCUAACUACUCAAAAACUCUCAUGGACCGGCGAUAAUUUCCUCAUCUGGAAACUGAAAUUUGCCUUUGUCCUCACCGAUCACCAGUUUCAUCGACCCCUCUCCGGCGGACCCAACUUGGAACGACCAGACCUACUGCUGGAAUUCGGCAAAUACCGCGACGCUCUGUGGCUGGUUCUCCGAUCACUUGACGAAGACCUACUGGUCGAAUUCGGCAAAUACACCACGCCGGCAUCCAUCAUGGCUGCUCUUCUCGAUCGAUCCAAUUCUAGGUUAAAAGAUUUCACCGGAAUCAAUAUCAGGCUCUGCAAGAAUUAUCGUAUGGCGCCGGGCACGCACAUUAAUCAGCACAUCUUCCGAAUCCGAGCUAUGGCUACAGAGCUUGAGUUCGGUGCAGGGGUUAAGAUUCCGGACGACGUUCUUCAGAACAGGAAAAUUCUGUAUUCAGUUUUGACAUUCCUAUGUUCUGAACCAACCCUCUCAGAGAUAUUAUAUCCGGGUCUGAAAAACCGUUUUAGAAUUGACUACAAGGGAUCAAAUUUUUUCGCUGUAUGGAAGAGAGAAAUUUUUGAUGUCCUUAAAGAAAACAAAGUCGACUAUGUGCUCAAAGAACCAGAACCCUCUGAUCCUUCAGAAUCCACUUCUGAGGAAUAUAUUAGUCGUAUGAAGAAGUGGCGUGCAGAUGACUUCACUUGCCGCCACCUUAUCCUCGGGACAAUGGAGGAUGAUGUCUUUCUCAGUUUCUAUGGUUUCCCUACUGCUAAGUCUCUAAUGGAUGCUAUUGAAGCAUUCUUUAAUUCAGCUUCCGCUGCUCAAAAGUUGGUUGGGCUAAGGAGGUAUGUGAACCAUCAAAUGGCAGCGGAAACUCCGACUAUCAGUCAUCUUACUAACAUGGACCGGCUGGUGGCGAAGCUGAAAAAUUCAGGUUUGUGUCUCCCCAGCGAGAUGCAAUCAGUUUUUCUGCUUGACAGUUUGCCAGUAUGA